AGGACGGGCGAUUGUGCUUCUGCUUCGCCUUUGGCUCCUUGGUCUGCUGGGGCUUCACCUCGGUCGAGCUGCGAAGGCUCCGGCGGCUGAUCCGGAAGUCCGUGGGAGACUCGCUGCCACCCGAGGAGAUCGAGAAUGACAGCAUGACCUUUUCAAUGGAAGACUCUCAAAAUGAAUUGGAGGAUGGCACGCCUGUGGCUCCUGCCCCAAAGUUGAGUGGGGAUCACAUCGUGCUGAUGACUUCCUCGGGUGAUGAGGCCUUAGCGUAUAGCUAUGCCUUUGCUCAAAGCGUGAAGCUGGCGGUCUUCGAAACCAUCGUGGACGCCAGCAUCGAGAAGGCCAAGCCGAUCCCUGAGGCAUUGGCACAGUAUGGGACCUUUGACAUGGACGAGAAGCUUGUGAAAAUGCAAAUGGGCGAGAUUUUCGUGACCAAAUGCUCCUUGACACUGCAGACUGACAUGCUGGGAACGCCUGAGAUCUUGUGGGAACAUGACCGCUUUGAUGCGCAGUACGAAGCCUGCCGGAAAUACUUGGAAGUUGGCAAGAGGGUGGAGAUUCUGGACCAACGCUUGGCAGUGCUCAACGACCUCUACAGUUUUUUGCAAACACAAUUGGAGGUGAAGCACUCCAACAAGCUUGAAUGGAUCGUGAUCGUCCUGAUCGUUAUUGAAAUUCUCCUGGACUUGUUCCACAUGUCGCCCUUCUACACGCAGCGCUCCGUGGCUGUUUGCGCUCUGCUUUUGGUCGCUGGCGGCACCACUGCCUUUGCCAAGGAGUUCAAGCCACCCAAGCUUUGGCUGCGGCGUGGUGGCAAAAGGUUGUGGAGGGUGGCGCUCAUGACUCUGCUGGUGCUGGUUGCCUGGCGGGCGCCGCGCGCUGGGCCGCUGCUCUUCGCAGGCGGAGCAGGAGUGGUCCGAUCACGACCAGGACAGCUGUUGCGUUCUGCGCCAGCUUCACGACAUCUGAGGCAGAGCCGGAAGGCAAGACCGAUGCAGCAAAUCUGGCAGAUCUUGCCACUGAGAGAGCGGUGCUGGCUCCUGGCGGGUGUUUGUGCUUUGCUGGGCGCAUCAUCGCUGCAGCUUCUGGCGCCUCCGCUACUCUCACGCGCUCUCAUGGCCGCUGAGAAGGGGACGAAAGUGGCCCAGGUGCAUCUCCUGGCCUUAGUCGUCUUCGCCAGCCUGGACGACGUGCUGAACUUCCUACUGCGCUCGGGAGCCGUGACCCUCUUUGGCUACUUGGCCAUGCUACGGUGCUGUUGGCAGCUGACGCUGGUGACCACGUUGGUGAUCGCGCUGCUUUUACUGGCGACGCGCUGCUACGCCGAGGUGCGACGGGCAACUACUGCAGAGACACAGGAUGCUGUGGCAGAGCUCAGCCGCGUGGCGGAGGAGUCCUUGAGCGGCAUCAGCACCGUCCGUGCACUGGGCGCGGAGGAGACUCAUGGACGGCUGUUUCACGAGCAGAAUCUUCGCAUCCUGGAGGUUCAGAAACGGAAUAGCUAUGCUCUUGGUGCAUUUUGCUUCGGCAAUGCUUCCCUCAGCGGUUUGUGCCGAGCCUUGGGCUUAGCUUGUGGUGGCUCCUGGGCCUUGAGUCAGAAGAUCUCCGCGGAGCUCCUCACGCAGUUCCUCUUCUACUUGGACAUGGUCCUACGAGGCGCCAUGGACCUCGGAGAGGACUGGCCGGCGACCAUGGAAGCUGUUGGCGCAGGGUCCACUGUUUUGGAGACCUUGGCACAUAGCGAAGCGGACGGUGAGUCCGACGUGGAGAAGGGGCGAUUCCGUGCCCUUGCGCACUUCACGGGAGAGGUGACCUUUGACCGGGUGACCUUUGCGUAUCCCAUGCGACCAUCCAGGCAGGUCCUUCAGGAUGUCACCAUCCACUGCCGGUCAGGUGAGAUGACCGCCUUGGUGGGGACCAGUGGCUCGGGCAAGAGUUCGCUGAUCAACUUGAUUCAGGGCUUCUACAGCGUGCAGAAGGGCGAGGUUCUGGUGGAUGGAGUCCCCUUGGAAGACUUGGAUCCUGCUUGGUUCAGGGACCAGCUGGGCAUCGUUGGCCAGGAACCCCACUUCUUCCGUGGCACUGUGGGGCAGAACAUCGCCUGGGGCACCGAGGCCACCAAGGAGGAGGUCAUUGAGGCAGCGAAGAUCUCCCAAGCGCACGACUUCAUCCAGCGGCUGCCUGGGGGCUAUGAGACCCAGAUUGGUGAUGGGAAGCUACUGAGUGGAGGACAACGUCAGCGCUUGGCGAUUGCCCGGGCCAUUUUGCGCGACCCACCGAUUUUGGUCCUCGAUGAGCCCACUAGCGCUUUGGAUCCAUCCACCAGCAGGUUGGUCUCCCUGGCCCUGAGGGAGGCUCAGUGGUCCCGAAAACGCCGCCAGCGCCGCACUUUACUGGUCAUUGCGCAUCGGUUGUCGACCGUGAAGGAUGCUGAACAGAUUGUGGUCCUGGAUAAGGGCCGUGUGGUUGAACGAGGCACCCAUGAGGAGCUGAUGGCACGCGAGGGACCCUUUUGGCGCAUGGUCACGGAGCUCUCUUGAUGCGGAGAGGGGAUCAACUUCCGGCCAAAGAUGCCGAGAGUGCGCUAUCGAAGAAGCUGCUCUGAAGAA